AUGUCUACAGGAGUUUUGCACGGUAAUAAUUCUAACCCAUCAGUGGGACUUGCGAUGACGGGUCCCAAGAACAAUUCUUUGGAAAAUGAAGUUGUCACUUGCCAUUCCUGUGGUGCUAUCUUUACGAAAUCAAGUGCAAGAUUUUGUUCUAAGUGUGGGACAAAGAAAGGAGGCAGUUCCUCAAAAUCCAGAGCUCAGCCUAGCUCCGCUUUAGGAGCAUUGCCGGGGCCUUCUGUACAAGGGUUUCUUAAAGAUGCCGUACGAACAAAUUCAAAUCAUUAUGAAUGUUCACCAAAUGCUACUACGGAUGCCUCUUUAAAACCAGAAGAUGGAGUCACCACCCAAAAGAGCAAUCAACAUACCGUCUCGUGGGAGGCUUCGGCUACUAACAAGGGUGAGAACUCUUCUAAGAAUAAUAAAACAGUUUACAAAGAUGGCCCGAAGAAAAAAAAUUCCCGCAAAAAAGCCCCUCGAGGGUCGUCUGGCCCAUGCCUCAGUGUAAUCGACGCUAGCGCGGGCGGAGACUCAGUCCCAGCGGGUCUUGAAGUUGCGAUGACGCCUCUCUCCAAUGAUGGGGAGUCUGCUCAUGCUCGCUGUGUUGAAUUCUCAACUACUGAGGAUUCAAUAGAAUACAACAUUUCAAGCACCAUUGCUGUCUCCUCUACUGAGGAGGCACAAUAUAACGUUUGGGCCACAUUGAGCCCCGAGAGCCUUACUCCUGAGAUGCUCCAAACCCCUAACGCCGAGAUGCUCAAGACUUGGCGCAAAGGAAAUUUGGUUGGGCGCGGCACCUAUGGCUCGGUGUAUCUCGGGCUUCUACCAAGUGGUCAUUUUUACGCCGUUAAGAUUGUGGAUAUAUCUCAGAAAGGUUGUUUAGAUGUUCUGAACUUUAACGCAAAGAUGCUGGUUUCUCUUUCACGGGAAAUUAACAUUAUGCGCCGCCUACGUCAUCCCAAUCUGUGUGGUUUCACAGGGGUUUACUACGAUUUAGAUUCGUCAAGUAUCUGCAUCUUCAUGGAAUACAUAGGCGGUGGCUCAUUGUCUAAUGUUGUCAGGCGCUUUAAACCCCUCCCCAUGUCGGUUGUGCGCAGCUGGACAAAGCAGCUGCUAAGUGGCCUCCUAUACUUGCAUUCUCAGAACAUUAUGCAUCGUGAUAUUAAGGCUGAUAACGUGCUUGUGGACACCAGCGUGGACCCUGACAGCGAGUCUCAGAUAAAACUUGUUGACUUUGGCGCUGCGCGUAGGCUAGUGGAUGCGUUGUCGCAGAGCCACACGCUCAUCGGCACGCCGUAUUGGAUGGCACCAGAGGUAGUCAGCUUGUCUAACUUUGAAACUGGGUACAGUUAUAAGGCGGACGUCUGGUCUGUGGGCUGCACCGUGGCCGAGAUGUUGACUGGGAAGCCGCCAUGGCCGUGCCAGUCUAAUGCCCCGGCAACGAUUAUCAUGAUUGCUUCUUCACAAGGUCUGCCGACGGAGCUCCCGAAAGAUGAGGCUUCACCGGGAUGCUAUGAUUUUAUGCUCCAGUGUUUUGAGCGCGACCCAGAUAAGCGACCAACCGUAGAGAAGUUGCUUCAUCACCCUUGGAUACGUGGGGAGAUGGAGUAG